AUGGAGCGUCACAAUGCAGCUGUCAAGGCAAUUGCCUCUGAGGUCGAGCGUUUCCACCAGCUCCAACGGCCAUUCCGUAUCUACCAUGGCUCAACCAACAGCACGCGCCAAUCCCAGCAUGGUCCGGAUAAUACCAUCUCGACCGCGGACCUAACUCAUGUUUUGGACAUCAAUACGACCACUCGGACGGCUCUAGUUGAGCCAAAUGUCCCAAUGGACGCCCUCGCCCAGGCCACCGCGGCGCAUCACCUAGUUCCGCUGGUGGUCAUGGAAUUCCCUGGCAUCACCGUGGGCGGGGGCUUCUCCGGAACGUCCGGCGAGAGCAGCUCAUUCCGCCACGGAUUCUUCGACGCAACGGUAAAUUGGAUUGAAUUUAUCCUCCCCAACGGCGAGAUCACUAGAGCGUCAAAGACUGACCGAACGGACCUGUUCUGGGGCGCUGCGUCGGCAUUCGGUACUUUGGGCGUGGUGACCAUGCUCGAGGUACAGCUGCGCCCCGCCAAGCCGUUCAUCGAGCUGCGGUACUAUUCCACAUCGAGUAUGGAUGAGGCCAUGCACGUAUUCCGAGCGGUCACAAACGACCCUAGUACCGAGUACCUGGACGGUAUCGUCUACGCGCGGGACCACGUCGUCGUCUGCGCGGGGAAACUAGUCGACGUCCCGCGUACAGCACCGGUUCGUCUCACCAGACCAUGGGAUGAAUGGUACUAUCUACGAGCCCAGAACCGUAGUCACCAGUCGUCAGGCCCAGCACUAAACCAAGCAGCCGUUGACUACAUCCCCCUCGCCGACUACCUCUUCCGUUAUGACCGCGGGGCGUUCUGGGUAGGCCGCUACGCCUACAGCUAUUUCUUCGUGCCCUUCAUCUACCUCACGCGUGUCUUACUGGACUGGUUCAUGCACACCCGGGUUAUGUACCAUGCCUUGCACGAAAGCGGCCACGCAAAACGGUACAUCAUCCAAGACGUGGCGGUGCCGUACGCCGGAACAAGCGAAUUCGUCAACUGGCUCGAUAACAAGGAGAACUUUGGCGCAUACCCAAUCUGGCUAUGUCCAUUGAGACAUGGGCCAGGGAUGAUGGAGCGAUCUGUUUCUGCGGCGGAGAAAAGCACUGAAUCCGAGUUCGAAAAGAAGCCGAACGCAACCACGGACGAUUAUUAUCUCAUGAAUUUUGGUCUAUGGGCGCCCUCGCGCCAUCCCAGUGAUCGGUCUGCAUUCCUGACGCAGAACCGUCGCCUCGAGCGAAAGGUCCUCGAUCUACAGGGGAAGAAGUGGUUGUAUGCGCAUGCGUACUAUACUGAAGAUGAGUUCUGGUCUAUUUACGAUAAGAAGCAGUAUGAUGCCCUGCGGGAGAAAUACCAUGCGUCCUAUCUGCCGGAUCUGUAUCAGAAGGUGCGUGUAGAUUUGAGUCCGCAACAGGGCUCGCAGAAUUGGGUCGAUUGGGCGAAGAGCGUGAUUUGGGAGAUCCGGCCUGUUAGUGGACUGUACGGCGUGUACAAAGCGCUCAGGGGAGGAGAGUAUUUCAUCCGAAAGAGCAAGACGGCGUGA